GCCGCCGACCUCGCCGCCGACCACCGCCGCCUCCGGGCCCGUUGGGAGGACGACGAGUGCUGCCGCCGCCUGCGCCAUCUCUUGUCUACGCAUGCCUCGCGUAUCAAGAGCGUCUCGCGCGCGGUGAACCUCGGCGUCGGCACGUUUGAUCCGGCGGAUGGCUCGUGGGAGGCCAAGCGCUCGAGCCAUGUCCAGCUCAUUGCAUUUCUCGUCAUCGUCGAGGAACUCGGUGCGUGCCCAGUUCCCCGGGACCCUUAUCCAGGACGCUGACAUGCUCCGUGUAGAAAACAUCACCGGCGGCAAGAUAGAGUGCAUCUUCCAGGACCCCGUCUUCACCCAGUCCGACAAGGACUUCCUCGCCAGUCUCGGCCACCAGGUCGUCGAGACCCCUGCGGCCUGCCACAUGAUAGAUGCAAACUCCCUCUUGUACGGAAUCCACCUCUACCGACCCAUCUACGCCCUGGCGCUGGAGAAGAGUCUGCCGGCCAUUUUCGUCGGCACCGGCUGGGACGUCUGGGAUGAUCUUUCCAACACCGAAGGCCUCGAGAAGAUGGAGGAGAUGGAAAGGACUUACACGAGGUGCGCGUUCCCGCAGGACUCGCACGGCCAGGCCUUCUCCAGCACGUCCAUAUACUGGAAGCCCGCUCCUGAAGCUGCGACUGCAUCGUCGGAGCAGGAAGCUACAGGCAAGGCGUCGGCGGAGGAUGAGAUUUCUAGCAAACUAGAAUCAACUACUAUUUCAUGAUGCCACUUACCAUCGUUUCUACUGCAUGGCUCUAUUUAACGCCUCUCCGGA